CUAGCUACUAGUUAGGCCAAAGCACAAUGGUAAAGCCACAUUGAAUCUCAUCCAGUCAAACACCCGAUGUGGUCCCGACACUGUGUUGCAGCUAAAGCUGUGAGUGACCCAAGUGGUGGUUGGUCGCACAGGAAGACCAGCCACCAAUAGAGCCCUCACCCGCGCCACACUCACUGCAACCAGUCAGUCGCUUUACAUGUAACUUACUGUCAUCAAACUGGAUCAGAGGACGAGCGACAGAUGAUACGAUAGAAGACCGUACGGUCCUAGAGUACAUGUAGACCACUUUUAGAGAAGCGCCAAUCUCGGCACAGGUUAAUAUCGUAGUCGCACGACGCAAAGUACGCGAGGACACAGUGGUACAUGGAAGACAUCGGGUCAUCCGGUCUUUCUCGUAUCUUUCUCAAAUUUUAUUUGCUACGAGAGGGAUGAGUCCAUUUUAGAGCAGCGCCAAUCUCGACACAGGUUAAUAGUGUAUUUGAGUAGAUCUACACGUACCGUACGACUGUAAGACAUCCGGUCUUUCUCACAUCUUUCUCACCAAUUACAUAGAAGCCAGCUGCACGCAGCCUAAAUAGAGAAGCGUCAACCUCGGCACAGGAUUUUGACACCAACCAUGCAGUCAAUCAAAUCUCAUUAUUUUGUUUGAGACAACAAUUUGAGCGUUUGUAAUACAGUAACACCCACGUUGACGAUGACCAAAACCCUGUUCCUUUUUGGGCUGCUCUGCCUCGCAACCCCUGCGGAAGGAGAGAAAGCUCUCCGGUCCCCUGAUUCCAAUAAGAGAAAUCUGGAGUCAAAUGACGGCAGCUUUUGGUCCGGGGUCCCUGAGGAUUCGGUUGACGGAGUUCCCGGUGCGAUGAUGAAACACACCAACGUUGUGACCUUUGGUGGUGAAGUCUACCCUCGUCUGGACGCGGAGGACUACAUCGAGGAGAAGGAAAUGACAGAUCUUUUGAUUCAGGCGUGGCAAGCCCUUGAGGAUCGCAAGUGGUACGACCCUCUAGGGAGCUACCAGAUGAGUAACAUGCACGCCAAUGCGCCCUAUGACAACGUCAUCAACGAGGAGCUCGGAUUUGAUAUCCAAGCCUACGCAGGUGUCGAUUGCGAUAGGCGCUCCCGUCAGGGUGGAUAUUGUGAUCAUAACAGUCCUCUCUUUUUGGUUUGGCAUCGUGCCCAUACAACCCUCUUUGAGCAACGUCUCAAUCAAGAAGCCCGUGCAAUUGCGGAAGAGUACCCGGAAGAUGUUAGAGAUACUUAUCGUGAAGCUGCCAAAGCGCUUCGCAUACCAGUUAUGGACUACGGCAGCGUCCGUGUGGCUGCCAAUGGAUACCCCAGCCUCGUCGGGGAUGAAAUGAUGACGUUGAGCAUGAACAAAGAUGGCGAAACAAACGUCCAGGUCAGGAAUCCCUUGCACUCUUUUGUCUUCCCCAUUACAACGGGAACAGAUGUGACUGGAUUAGGUCGUCCUCCUGCCACGGCCAACCCUCUGGUUUACGCCAAGGGCCAACGAACUGUCCGAUAUCCGCUGUCGGAUGAUUCCCAGGCGACAAACUCAUCAGCUUCGGACGCAACGCUCAUGGCCAUGGCUCAAACGUGUGUCCAGCCGUUGCUCUAUGAAUUGUUCACCAAGCCAUUUACCAGUUACGAUUGCAUGGGGAAUGAAUUUGCUUCCGGCUGUGGAGAGGGCCAGAGUGAAUACUCCCUGGAGAGGAUCCAUGGGUUUGGCCACAAUUCCCUUGGAGGUGGAACCUUUGUUGGCUACAUGAGCGGUGCGGGCACUCUCACGCAGCAGACCCCACUUCAGGCGUUUGAUCCCAUCUUCUUCAUGCUUCAUGCUUCCAUGGACAAGUGGAUGUCCAUGUGGCAAUAUCUGAACCCCGACAUGUGGAUCGAGCCAGCCCUUGACAUCUUUGGUUCUUUUUACCGUGAUGUCAAUCAAAUUGUUGACGAAGACACUGUCUUGACUCCGUUCUGGCUUGAUAAUGACAAGAAGGAUGGAGAAUUUAUCACUCCUGCCAUGAUCCGCAACCACAUGGACCUGGGUUAUACGUACCCUGUCCUUCAGGGAGUUUCCAGCAAGGAGGAGCUAUUGGCAAAAGUGGAGGAGCUGUACGGGAACUUUGCUUUGGACGCGUCCGGUUGCAUGGCAGUUGGUGGAAUUGUGCUCAACGAGUGUAAUACUUGCUGCCAGAAUUCCGUUACUGGCUGUGUGAGUGAACCUGCGGAACCUGCACCUAAUGUUUGUGCCGCUUGAGGCGGAGAAUGAUCGAGAUGAUCGUGAGGAGGGCAUGCAUUGUUUUUUGUGGGUUGUGGGCUGUGGGUUCGCUAUAUUUCUUAACAACAAGUUCUAAAGUAAAAAGUGCCAAAUACCUUGAUAUUAAGCCUAAACUGUGGUCUUCCAUGAAUAGUACAGUAGCUAUUGCUGAUAAUACAGCACUAAUGGCG